CAUCUCAAACCAAGCCUUUAUCUCUCUACCCUUCACUAUCUCUCUUCCCAUUCAUACAUCCAUCCAUGGCUGCUACAACUAGUAGUAGUAUGACCUUUUUUGUUUCUUUUUCACUGUGCUUGCUUCUCUUGUCCCAUGGUACUGCGACCCUGCAGGAGCAGGAGCAGGAGCAGGGACAGCAACGCCAAUUCCGUCAGCAGAGCCAGUGCCGGGUCGAAAACCUGAGGGCCCUCGAACCCAACCGACGUAUCGAGUCUGAGGCCGGCGUCACCGAGCACUGGGACGAGAACAAUGAGGAGUUUGAGUGUGCUGGUGUGGCCGCUACUCGCUAUAUCAUCCAACCCAGAGGCCUCCUCUUGCCCGAGUUCUCAAACGCGCCCAGACUCGUCUACAUUGAACAAGGUAGGGGUUUCUCUGGUGCAGUCAUCCCUGGAUGCCCUGAAUCAUUCCACUCCUUCCGUCAAUCACAACAAUCUGAGCAAGAACAGGGCCGUCAGAGAUACAGGGACCAACACCAGAAGAUCCAUCACUUCCGACAAGGAGACAUCAUCGCUUUCCCAGCAGGAAUGGCCCAUUGGUGCUACAACGAUGGUGAAACUCCGGUGGUUGCGGUCGCUGUAUUCGACACCAGUAACCAGGCUAACCAGCUCGAUCAAAAUCUCAGGAGAUUCCAACUAGCUGGGUCCCAGCAAUACGAACCACAGAGCAUGCAGCAGCAGGAGGAAGAGCAACAGCGGCGGCGCGGUCGGCCAUACACUCGGCCAGCCUACCAGCAGGAAUCUGGCAACGAAAACAUCUUCAGCGGCUUCAAUGUAGAGACACUAGCAGAGGCUUUCGGCGUGAGCACGGAGACGGCGAGGAAGCUACAGAGCGAGGAUGAUCGGAGGGGCAAUAUCGUCCGUGUUGAGAAUGGGCUUCAGGUGGUGAGGCCACCAAGGAGAGAGGAGGAUGAACAACGAGAACAAAGGGGUUUGAAUGGGCUGGAAGAGACCACCUGCUCCAUGAGACUGACAGAGAACAUUGCAGACCCCACACGUGCUGACGUGUACACACCUCUUGGUGGACGCAUCAGAAGCACCAACGGUCAGAAUCUUCCUAUCCUCAGGACUCUCCAAAUGAGCGCUGAGAGGGGUGUCCUCUACAGGAAUGCUCUCUUGGCACCUCACUGGAACUUGAACGCCCACAGCGUGGUGUACGUCACUAGGGGCAACGGCCGGAUUCAAAUCGUAGGAGACAACGGACGGUCCGUCUUUGAUGGCGAUGUCCGUCAGGGCCAGCUGGUGAUCGUCCCACAGAUGUUCGCUGUGCUGAAACAAGCUGGGAACGAAGGGUUCGAGUACGUCGCCUUCAAGACCAACGACAAUGCUAUAAGCAACCCGCUCGUUGGCAAGGCAUCCGCUUUCCGGGCUAUGCCGGAAGACGUGCUGAUGAAUGCUUACAGGAUCUCAAGAGAGGAAGCGUGGAGAUUGAAGUAUAAUAGGGGUGAGGAGACGAAGGUGUUUGAACCAAGUUAUCCGAGGUCGGAGGGAGGAAGGGCUUCUGCUUGAUGCGAACAAGAGUUUUCGUAGUUUGUUAGUGUUAAUAGAGGGGAAUAAAUGGUGGAAGAGGGUUGCCUUAGCUUUUAAUAAAACAUGUAAGAAGAGAGAUUAUCACUGAAUAAUAAUAUUAUUCCCCUCUUUUUCUCUCUUUA